AUAGGAGAAGCUCCUUGGUGAAUGUUGUUCGACAUGGGGGGGAUUGCAGGAAGUAUGUUGUUGUUAUGCCUGUUGAGUCUUAUCAGCUUAACUGAUGCAAAUAGCAGUCCUGUGAUCAACGUAAAUCUUUAUAAAGUGUGUGAAGACGUCCCCAUUGGUGUGGUUGCGUUUACUAUAGACGCAUCAGACCCAGAAAAUGCCCUGUUGACUUUUAGACUAACUGGGACCAAUGCUGGAUACUUCACAGUUAAUGCAAACACCGGGGCUGUGUCAGUGCAGAGGGAACUCAAUAGAGAGAAUAGCGAUGUAAUGGUACUUGGAGUUAUUGUGUCUGAUGGUCCCAAUGAGGUAGAAGGACGUUUAAAUAUAAUAUUACUGGAUGCCAACGACAACAAACCAAUAUUCACAUCGUCUUCAUAUGAUUUUAACAUCCCAGAGAGCACCACUGUAGGUUCAAGUCUGUUUAAGGUGCAGGCCACUGAUGAAGACACUUCAAAUGCUGGUGUUGUUCAAUACAGUAUCGAUGAAGUUACUCCAGGGGCUGGAAUGGGUCUGUUUAGCAUCGUAGCCACAACUGGUGAAGUCAAAUUAAGUGGACGUCUGAAUUACACUUCACUGAGCACUUUCUAUCGGCUGAAGAUUGUCGCAACUGAUGGUGGAGGCAACUGUUACAGUGCUGAACCCAACUUCCACUCAACCACUGCUUUUUCAUUCAUUACGGUUGUGGACGUCCCAGACCUCGACCCACAGUUCAUAGGUGUUCCCUACGUAGGGAGAGUAGAAGAGAAUUCUGCUGUGGGCCAGUCUGUGUUUACAGUCACUGCUAUAGACCAGGACUUAGGAAUCAAUGAUAAACUCAUCUACAGCAUUCAAGAUUCCACAGUAGAUGGCCUGUUUACAAUCUCAAGCGAUACUGGCAUCAUAUCUGUAUCAGCAGCAAUCGACAGAGAAACUAUUGGUGACACUGUUACCCUGGCUGUAAAGGCCACUGAGUCUAAAGUAAACACCAACGGGGUCUUCGCCAGCACCACAACAACUGUACUGAUCAACAUCAUCGACCUCAAUGACCAGAUCCCAAAGUUUUACAAGUGUGGUGAGGUCUGUGAGACUGCGAGUCACUUCACAGGAGAGGUCUUCGAACACUCGUUAGGGUCAAUUCCGUUCGACAUGACAGUCAAAGAUCUGGAUAAGUUUUCCAACACUAAACUAACCCUGGAGGGAGCCGACAAGGACGUGUUUUCUGUGGAACCUCAAUUCACCUCAUCAGACAGCAUUGUUCAGUUUCUGGUCAAGCAGCCCCAAAAACUGGAUUAUGAGAAAACAACGCAAAUGGUUCUACAAGUGAUUGCCACAGAUGUAGAUGAGCCCACUUUCAAGUCCACUGCUACAGUUACUAUUAACAUCAAGGACACCAAUGACAACAGCCCUAAGUUUGAACAAGACACAUACAAGUUGAAGGUGGCUGAGCACUCUGUUGCUGGGACGAUAAUAGCAAACAUAACUGCAAAAGAUCCUGACAGUAUGGAUAAAGACAACAUUACCUACAAACUUCUUCCAGAGAGCAUAUUAGUGUAUUUUGACGUGGAGCCACGUACAGGCUCAGUUUACGUGAAAAACGCUGAUCUGUUGGAUCGGGAGGUCAGAUCUCUGUAUUCAGCGACUCUGCAGGCCAAAGACACAGACGGCAAGCCUGGUAGCACAGUGCUGGAGAUAACUGUGACUGACAUCAACGACCAGCCUCCAGUCAUGAACAGAGACUCUUACCUGGUGUUUGUUCAAGAGGGUGGAGAGCUUGAACUGAAAAUAGAGGCUACUGAUGCAGAUGAAUCAGACACAGCAAACAGCCAAAUAGUGUAUGCAAUCUUACCAAGCACGUACAGUGACAACUUCACCAUCGAUCCUAACACCGGUGUGUUAAGAAACAGGGGUGAGCUUGAUCGUGAGUCAAUGGACCCGAAGCUGAAAGGGAGGAUUGAGCUCAAUGUAACCGCUACUGACAAGGGUACUCCCCCACUGUCUACCACGGCCACAGUCAUCAUCAAUGUAGAGGAUAAAAAUGACAACAUACCACAAUUUGGAACCUCCUCUUACACAUUCUCUGUUAAAGAAGGAGAAAAAGGUGCAUUCGUUGGUUCUGUUUAUGCUGAGGAUUUGGACCAAACGACAGAAUUUAACCGCAUUUCUUUCAGCAUCAUUGAUGGAAGCUUUGGCAGCUUCAUCAUCCGCUCGUUUGCAGAUGAGCGGGGUUACAGGGGAAACAUCAGCGUGGACCCCGACAUUGAGCUGGACUACGAGAGCAGUCGCAAGCAAUUCAACCUGCGGGUGGAGGCAACAGAUCUGGAACAGAAGAAGGCUGUUGUGAUGGUGGAGGUGAACGUGUUGGACGUGAAUGAUGAGAGGCCCGAGUUCAAGCCGAUACCGACUGUGAUAGUGAAGGAGAACACCACCAUCACUGGGGUUGUUGGGAGUUUUACAGGUUAUGACAAAGACGGAAACCACUCCCUGAUCUACGAGCUGGAAUCCAUGAAAUGCAGAUGCAAUGACUCUCUGAUACCCUGCAAUAGCUUUAUCCUGGAUCCGACAGGGGAAGUCAGAGUCAACCCAAAAGACACAGUGGAUUAUGAACAAUGUGUGCAGGUGCUGAUAGAGGCUGAGGUUGUGGACAAGUUCACAGAGAAAGGAGAGAACAACAGUGUCACAACAGGAGAAAUGGUGAUCAACAUUGAAGACAUCAAUGACAAUGCUCCAGAAUUUAUUUACUCAGAUUCUGUAUUUGUUGUGGUGUCAGAAAGUGCCAAUAAGGGGACAUCGGUUGCAGGAGUGACUGCUACAGACCGUGACUCUGGAAUAAACAGGCAGAUUGAGUUUAAAGUAACAGCAGUCCAAUUUGAAGACAUCAACAAUCGUACAACUAAUAUGAGGAUUCUGUUCGAGGCUGUCACCACGCAGCAAAAGGACAUUUAUGUCGGAAUCAUUCAAACUACAGAGGGGCUUGAUGUGAAACUGAAAGGGAAGUAUUUGGUGACAGUAACUGCAACUGACACCGGCGACCUCUCUACAAGCACCAUAUUGGACAUUUUCAAUGUCGAUGAAACGUACAAAGUUGAACUUGAAUUUACAUCUUCUGAAGACGAAGUUGAAAAAAACCUCAAUGAAAUCACCAGGGCGCUUACUGCUGCCACCAAGACUGCUGUUGAAAUUGUUGCAAUCAGGUCCAGCACUUCUGCAAGAUCAAAGGACAAGGGUAACACCAUCAUUGUGGCAUAUUUUGUCUACCCCAACGGGACUGCUCUGACCUCUGUUGAAGUGGACACGAUGCUCUCUAAACCUGAACAUUAUCUUGUGCUGGGACAGCUCGGCCUCAAGAACAUUGGGAAGGCUCCUGUGAAUGAACCCGACACGGACCCUGUGAAGUACGCCUUGUUUGGGAUGGUGGCAGGCCUCGUCAUCGUACUGGUUGUCCUCAUCACUUCCCUAAUGUGCACUCGCAGAACCUACAAGAGGAAACUGAAGGCAGCUAAAGCCAUGAACUCUGCAUCCAUGAUGACUUCUGACAACCAGAAAAGUGGCGCUGUAGUGCCUGGAACCAACAAAUACACCAUGGAGGGGGCUAAUCCUGUUCUCAACCUCAACAUCGACACGGCCAUGAUCCUGGGAUUGGACGAGGAGAGCUCAGAUGUGGACAAAGUCAGCCUGAACUCCCUGGACUACAGUGAUGAGAUGAGCAGUGAUGACAAGGAUACAAAACCCAUCAUGCAGAUGAUCAAGGAAGAGGAGGAGGAGGACAACGGGCCACCAGAGUACAUUGAACCCCUGGGUGCAGCGCUGGCCCAGCGGGGCGAGAAGAAAAGCACCAACAAUCCUCUGAUGGGAUAUGAUAACCCUGAGUUCAGCACUACAGACCUGUGAGGAAAAUAAUGAAGGGGAGACUGACCAGAGGCCUCAGAUGGACAUAUGUUGCUUCCUUGUGUCUUUAAAAGGCCUUAUUCUUCUGACCAAUAGUAGUGUAUUAUUUAAGAUUCAUGGCACAAUUUGUUCUGUCUAAACAUUCAAUCAAGGGUAAACAAGAAGAAAAACCAAAAUUAGAGAUUGUUUCUCUAUGAAAACAAUAUAACAAUACCACAUAGUAUACUUUAUCUCAUGGAAUUUGGUUUGGUUAUUGAUUUGAGAACUGUUAUGUUAGUCCAACAGAUUAUUUGACUUUCAAUUAAAAUAUGCUUAUGCUUGCAUGGAUUUAUAGGAAAUAUGCUCAUUUACUCUCUUUAGAUGAGAAGAUUGAUGCCACUUUCAUUAUCUUAGCUUAGCAUUAAGAUUGGAAACAAGAAAAACAGCCUAGCAGAACCUCAAAGGCUCACUUUGUUUGAUGUGUACAAAAAACAUAAAAUGUUGGACAGAGCCCCUUGUUUCCAGUCUUAUGUUAAGCUAAGUGCCUGCUGGCUGAGGCUUCUUAUUUAGCGCACUACAUUAGCAUGGUAUAAACCUUCUUUAAUUCUCUUUAAAUAUUUCCGAAACAGUCGGACUCUUCACAGAACAGAACAGAAGCAAUGGUAAAUCAAACAAAACAAUUGUUUGUUGCACAUGUGAAUCACUUUAUUUUUUAAUAUAUUAAGCAACAGUUUAAAAACUGUUUGUUGCUUUGAAAUAAAUUGUAUUAUAAGUUAUGUCAACACACAAUGCUAAUUUUUGUUGCAGCUGAUGCUAAUAGAAAGAAAAUCCAAAAAGAGGAAACAGAAAUAUUGCAUAAUGUAUGAAAUCCUUAUUUAUGACUGCACCUCAGCAAAAACGGUUUAAUUUGUCAGUGUUUGCUUUGGGUUUGUGGUACUUGCUGAAAUAAAACCUCAUGCAGCGUGACUUUGUGACUUACAAGCAGCAGAUUGGAAAUAUUAUUGUUUACGGACAUCUAAAUGAAUGUAUCUGCAAGUGCAAUCUGUGAAUAAAAUCU